GAACUAUCUUGACUGAGCUGAUGACCCUUUGUGUGGCCGCGUGACGUUUCAGGAAGUGUGCGGUGAAACCGGAGAUUAAAACAUCACUAAACCGGUCAGAUAAUAAACUGGGAGUCAUUUCAACACGGAGGAGCUGCGCAGGAAAUCGUUUACAAGUGUUACUACAUGUGUACCGGUGAUUUCAACCAAGGGCUUUAAACACAGAGUCAGGAAGCGAGGAGGGUUCUCCUCUUGAGUUGAGUGCAGCCUUGAUAAACAACGCUAGCUAUAGCAUCAAGAGUUGAAUGUGACGAUCGGGCUCCAGAUCACUGCUGACAUCAGGUAGCCUAGCUCCUCUGUGGAUGAAGUAGAGAACAAACACAUGGUGUCUCCGUGUGCUUGUUGUCUGCUGUCUCUGUGAAGACAGCGUCCUCCCGGGGUCUUAGCCUCACUCGUGCUUAUGAUGGCGUGGCAGUAGCUGCUGCUUUGUCCCCUGAGAGGAGGAGUAUACUCGACAAACACGGAUGUUCCUCUAUUCACCUUCAGAAAGUCUCCACGUCGAGCCAGAGGAGGACAGACACCUGAGGACAGUGUUCACACAGCCAGAGGAGGACAGACACCUGAGGACAGACAUCUGAAGACAGUCUCCACAGAGCCAUAGGAGGACAAACACCUGUGGACAGACUGCACAGACACAGAGGACAGACACCUGAGGGCAGUCUCCACACAGCCAGAGGUGGACAGACACAUCAGGGCAGUGAGGGACAGAAACCUGACGACAGUCUCCACAGAGCCAGAGGAGGACAGACACAUGAGGACAGUCUCCACAGACCUAGAGGAAGACAGACUCCUAAGGACAGUCUCCACCCAGCCAGAGGAGGACAGAAACCUGAGGACAGUCUCCACAGAGCCAGAGACAGACAGGUGAUCUCACUCCACAUCCUCAGGUGUUGUGAGCAGCAGCUGAGACAUGGAAGACGAGGAGCUCUUCGACCAGAUCGUGUCCGUGUUAAACGUGCUGGUGUCGUGGGUCGCCGCCGGGGCCAUGGUGUUCGGGGGUGUGGUGCCCUACAUCCCGCAGUACAGAGACAUCCGCCGGACACAGAACGCAGAGGGCUUCUCCACCUACGUGUGCCUGGUGCUCCUGGUGGCGAACAUCCUGAGAAUCCUCUUCAGAUUUGGCCGCUACUUCGAGACGCUGCUGCUGUGGCAGAGCAUCAUCAUGAUCGCCACCAUGCUCAUCAUGCUCAAUCUGUGCACCAGCGUCCGCAUGGCCACCGAACUCAACACCAAGAGACGCUCCUUCCUAGACUUUGACUGGAGCUACUUCUGGUCGUGGAGCCGCUUCGUGGACUACGUGCAGUGCGUGCUGGGCUUCACGCUCAUGGCAGCCUACAUCACCUACGUCCUCCUGGACUCGACGCUGUUCGUGGAGACUCUGGGCUUCCUGGCCGUGUUCGCCGAAGCAAUGCUGGGCACUCCGCAGCUCUACUGCAAUUAUCAGAACAAGUCCACUGAGGGCAUGAGUAUCAAGAUGGUGCUGAUGUGGACCAGUGGAGACACCUUUAAAACGGGCUACUUCCUGAUCACCCAGGCUCCUGUGCAGUUCUGGACAUGCGGCCUGCUGCAGGUCAUGGUCGACAUAGCAAUUCUGUUCCAGGUUUACUACUACAGCCGCUACCCACAGAAACCUGUCUCCCACACCGUCUCCCACACCACCAGUGCCAAAGCCCUCUGAUAGCCCCCCCCCCGCAAUGCCCUCCGAGGUCACUGCAGUGAGGAAGCCCUAUCUGUGGACAUGUAUCAACCAAAGCACCUUGAGAUGAUGUGGGCUGCUCUCUGUCACCUCUGACUGUACAUUAAGACACGAACACAGCCAAAUAAAUAAGUCAUGAAGAUACCUGGUGGUGGUGGUGGUGUCUGCAGUGAUACCUGAAGGACAUGUUACACAUAAACUUGACCUUUUUGUUUUAUUCAUUAUCUUGCUGACAUCUUCUCAAUGGGACAGUAUGCUUGUGUCUCGGUUUGCAGACAUCUCAAAGAAUAUAUCCUUGAAUCAAUCUGUGCAUGUGGAAAAUGUUAUGCACAUGAAAUAUAUAUGAACUGCCGAUGUAUGCACUGAAAUAUUGGGCUCAAGGAAAGGCGGACCAACUUUUUUUUUUUUUGUCCACAUACACUGAUGAUUGUUGCAUGGACCCUCUGCCUUAAAACACACACAUUCAAACAUGGCUUGCUGCAUUACCAGCAGUAUAAAUGUAUGAAUCUUAGACUGUAUAUGAAGAUGUACGACAUGACUGCUCCCAACAAGUGAGGCCAAAGCCUUUCGAUGUCACUCUGGUGGCUGGCUGUAGUAUCGUUCAUACAUCCUGCGUUCCUCUGUUUGUGGGUAGGACAUGGACCAAACUAAAAAGACAAAUAACUUUUUUUCUGACUUUUUUUCUUCUCUUCAGUGGUUUUUUAUUAAACUAAUGUUUGUUUGGGUGCACGUUUCUCCAUUAAGGUUAUUCUUUUGAAAUGUUUUAGUUAGUUGAUGAUAUAGAAACGUGGUGAAAACGUCAUGAUUACGAGACUGACUCACGAUUGGUCAAGCACAUGUAUAAGUGAGACCUCGAUGCCACGGCUCCAUCCACCGGUCGCUGCUGCUCGGAGUCUGGCUCUAAAUGUGCAAGACGGCAGCAUUCAUGAUAUUUUGGCUUCAUUUCACUAUACUGGGAUGAAGAGGAGAGGCCUUGUCCAUAUUUUAUACAGUCUUUGGUUUGAAUCAAUCAAAAAUGACUGAAAAGUUCUUUGUUAUUUAGUGGUUUUCCUCAGCACAGUGGAGAAAUGUUGCUCACACUACCACCUAUGAAAUACAUACCUAUGUGCAAUCAAUUUUUAGCAAAAGAAGAAAACACCUAAGGGUUUGGAGAUGCAAUGCACUGGUUUGCAAGUAAGCAUGAGCCUCAGUGGCCUUCAGACUGACAGAGAUGGAAACAAUGUCAGAUAAGGUGUCGAGAUGAAGGAAACGUGAGGAAACCACAUUAUCAUCGUGACCAUUUUUUGACCUGCAUGAGUUUUUCAGGAGCUGAUGUCAACGUUUUUGUACUGAAGUUGUUCAUUGUUUAUCAUUUUGAUAACUGUCACACCAUGAACAUUUAAAAGAACAAAACAAAGGAACCAUUUGGAUCCUGGAUCCCAGAGUUUUUGAAGCACAUUCAGACUGAACACCAAAGUAAAGCUCAGCAGCACACACUGUCUUUCAAGCGUGGAAAUGCAAAUUUAGUCUGGGACAAGGACGAGUCGUCACAAGUUAAAAAUGUGUUCUUUUAAGUCAACCGAAGCCAAACUUUGUUUUUAUGAAUCCAUGCCAUACAGGUAGAUGAAGAAUAGAAGGAAAAUAGAGACACUGGAGUGACCUGCUGAGUUCUGAGAUGACAGCUGUCACAACACAGAUACACUAUACACACACACACACACACACACACAUUCAAUAUAAAAACAGGGUGAAACGUCAUGAUUGACAGUUUAGACUGACGAUUGGUUGAGUGCUCAUGAGGGCAGUACCUCUAAAUGGCAAAAUCUGGGAUAUUUUUUCAUUAAUGGACGGUGGUUGGACAUGGAGACGUGUCAGCCAUCUUUAUAUACAGCCUAUUUGUAGUGCCACAUUUGGAGUGGUUGGUUAACAUGUGAAAUCAGAUGCAGAUAAACAGUAUAACUGCUUUUUAUCAACAUCAAGUUUUGAAGUAACUGGGAGUGUAGUUCUGUUCUGUCACUUUUUUAGUACUUUUUGCCAAGUGGGAGUGGGAGAUAUCGUAGCCUGUGCCGAAAUACAACCAGGGAAAACCUUUUGACCCCAUUUACUCUGAUUUUAAGUCUGAACAAUAUGAGAAAGAAAUGGAAUUAUUUUUGCAAUUUUGUAAAACGCUGAGGUGUAGGAAUGCAGCAGCAAAAGAAAUCCUCCAGUUUAGGAGAGGUUCACUUUAAAUUCAAAUACUUGAAUAUAACCAUAUCCUUUACAUCGCCAUACUGCCAAUGGAUAUUAUUAUUUAUAUUCAAUAACAUCCCCUGAUGCUCAUGACUGUGCUUGAGUAUUUCUUCAGGCAGGGUGUUCUCAUCAACAUUUUGUAGUGAGAUAUUCAUUUCCUGUUGCAGUGAAGAUUUUUGAUGCUUUGUAAUGUUUCUCUGGGGUGUGGAG